AUGCCUAAACAGCAAUGCGAGAGCAGCCGUGGCUAUCUGUUCAACACUUCUGAAUCAACCACCUUCCAAAAGACCGGCUACUUCUCAUUACAAAAUCCCUUAGCCCUAGACGAUCGCAUGAUAGGACUCUAUGGCUUGGAAACUGUUAGCCUUGGAUCACCUGGGAACGGAGAAGGUCCUACAGUGAACGGCACGUUUAUUGGUACGAUCGGCACGUAUAACACACUGGCUACUCCUGAAUUCUGGCUUGGUUAUAUAGGCCUGCAGUCACAAGCGAAGACGUUCUUUGAAGAGCCUUCCCACCCAAGCUAUAUCACUGCAUUGUUCGAGGCGCAGGGUAUCCCAAGCCAGUCGUUUGGCUACUCCGCAGGUGCAAACUAUCGUCACACCGAGGCGACGUCUCUUGGUAGCCUGACCCUUGGCGGAUAUGACGCGUCCUGCAUCGUAUCGAACGACAUGAUUUUCAUGCCAAAUACCGAUGGUAAUCUUAUGGUUGAUCUGGUUGGUCUGGUUGCGCGAACAACAUCAGCUUCCGACAUAGAUCUUCUCAAUGGAACCAACGUUAACAUGAAUAUCGACUCCACUAUCGCUGAGAUCUGGCUUCCUGUUGCAGUAUGCAAGAUUUUCGAGGACGCUUUUGGCCUCAUUUACGAUGAAGUUACGGACCUUUACCUUGUCGAUGACAUCUCGCACCGGAUCCUCAUGGGACUCAAUCCUAACGUCACUUUCGCUCUCCGCCCGACGACCAAGUCUGAUACUCCUAGAACUGUUCAAAUUGUAUUACCGUACGCUGCUUUCGAUCUUCAGGCCUCAUCACCUUACCAAGGUCUCAACAAAACGCAGAGAUAUUUCCCGAUUCGACGAGGAACCAACGAAAGCCAGUGGACACUUGGGCGAACCUUCUUCCAAGAAGCCUACCUUAAAGUCGACUGGGAGCGCUCUCAGUUUGGCUUGUACCAACGCGAUUGGACUGACAGACAGUCAGACAUUGCUGCAAUCGUUUCACCCCGGUAUGGAAAGACAACGGGAGUGGAAGACCUUGACCGAGCAUCAUCGAAGUUGUCGACUGGAGCUAUUGUGGGUAUAGCAGUUGUGGCUGUCAUAGUUGUUUUAAUUGCCGCCACGACUACAUGGUGGAUAUGGCAGCGACCACGAAGGCAAAAACAGCCGGAUUACUCCUCUGUUGCUGCAGCCACAACACCAUCAAAGCACCCUGAAGACUCAGCCUUCGCUGACGUAGUUGGUGGGCCACUGGUAUUCCAGAAAUCCGAGUUACCUGGGGAGUCGAACGUCACCAAAAACAAUGAUCCUUUCGCGGACGCAGAGGCCAUCGAGCAGCCGAUCUAUGAGAUGAUGGGCGAUUUUCCAGCAGCUCACGAAGCGGGAGGCCGUCAGCUGUCGGAGAAAGAGUCGAUGAUAGUGCGAGAAAGGACUAUCAACGGUGUUGACCCAAACGGAACACCAAUCUUACCAGCACCCCACGCUGCCGGCCGAUCGGCGACUUUAACCAUAAGCGACAUCGUUAUCUCGAAUGGAACAGAUCACCAUAGGAGAGCAUCAUUCUCUUCUCGGGCAGCACAGCAUGAAGGGUGUCCCGAUCUGCCACCAUAUACUGCUCAACAGGGACCUUCUCACACGGAAGAUCAUGUUCGUCGACGCUUUUCUUACGAAUCAUGA